UGUCUGUUCCAUAUUCUUUGGAUAGUGUAAAAUUGUAUACAUGUGGAUAUUACGAAUAUAAUGGAUUUACGUUAAUUGUUAAGAAAGUUUUAGAACAAGAAACUAAUAUCAUUAGACCAGAAGUUAAGUUACUAUAUGUGCCAGUUAAUAAUAUACCUAAUAAUCCUAAUGAAGCUCAAAAUUGUUUAGAUUUCGAUCAUUGGGAUAAAUUUAUGUUUUCAACUUUGGAAUUUGCUAAUCUCUUAGAUUCAAGUUUUUACAAAACAGAUGAAACAAAUCUAGGAUUAUUUAAUAGGGCCAAUUGA